AUGGCAUGGUCUGAUAGUGAUAAAGAAACAACAACUGCCCUCCAAAUUAUUUCAGCUGCCAAUAAAAUAAAUAAUAAUAAUAUCGUUGCAAAGUCGAAAGAUUGCGAAAAUCGGACGAUAAUCUGCCCUUCAUGCGGCCACUCAAUAAAACUCCAAGAUCAGGCCGGGCUUCAAGAUUUACCGGGCUUACCGGCCGGGGUGAAGUUCGAUCCAUCUGAUCAAGAAAUUCUUGAGCAUUUGGAGGCAAAAGUGCUUUCUGAUACAAGAAAACUUCAUCCUCUUAUUGAUGAAUUUAUCCCAACUAUUGAGGGUGAAAAUGGUAUUUGUUACACUCAUCCUGAGAAGUUACCAGGUGUAAGCAAAGAAGGGCAAAUACGUCAUUUUUUCCACCGGCCUUCCAAGGCGUACACGACUGGCACGCGCAAACGACGCAAGGUCCACACAGACGAUGAUGGUGAAGGCGAGACCCGGUGGCACAAAACGGGCAAAACCCGACCCGUCUCAGCUCUAUCCGGUAGCAUCAACGGAUACAAAAAAAUCCUCGUCCUCUACACAAACUACGGCAGGCAAAGAAAACCCGAAAAGACCAAUUGGGUCAUGCACCAAUACCACUUGGGCGAAAACGAGGAUGAGAAAGACGGCGAAUUAGUUGUCUCGAAAGUUUUCUACCAAACGCAGCCAAGACAGUGCGCGAAGGAGGGGCGUUUUGGGAAAUCGAGAGGCUCGACUAACAACGCGUUUAACGAGGGAACGUUGGUGAAGAAUGCGGGUUUCGCGGAGUAUUACGAUCAUCAGCCGUUUAUAUCCUACGGGCCGAAUGUUGAGGGCGACGGCCCAUCUCGGCUGAUCCCGAACCUGGUCGUUCAUGGUGAUGGACCAUUUUUCUUGCAAGACCAAGGGCAAUUAGAUGAAUACUAUGAAUAUAUCCUUCUUGUUCGGAUUCUUCAGCUGCAAAAGCUCAGCUCCGAAAUUAUGUCUCGUAAGCUCCUGCUUCAGCUUCUGCACAGGAAACCUCGUAUAGUCCUCCUCCACACUCGUCCGCUGACUAUUAGCCGGCUCAUCACCUCUAAACACCGAGCGCCCCAUCAUCAAGUGACGAAAAAAUCAACGGGCUAG